ACAGAAGGAGGUGCUGGCAGCGGCGGCAGCUGUCGGCAAAUGCAACAUGGCCGUCGAUCGCUCAAAAAAAUUUCGUCCUGUACGGUGUCCAGGCUAAGUGGGCCCCACCCUGCAUCACGAUGGCAGAACUCGAGGCGGCCCCUUUACCUGAGGGCAACGAUAGAGGCCCACAGGGUGCGGUGGCCGCCACUAAAAUGGACGCUGGCAGCUUUGAUACGCCCUGUGAGCAUGACGAAUUCGACGAUGAUGAUGACUUCGGACACUUUGCGACUGCCGCCGGUGCACUUCCAACAUCGGCAGCAGAUGCGAACCACAUUCCAGCAGCGGACAAUGCGGCCACCUCGGUGGUGACCAACAAUUGUGAUAGCACGAAUGGGACGUCGUUGCCCAAUAUGUGUACAUGUGAUAGUGAUGAUGACAGUGGGACUAGUCGGGAUGCCAGCGGGCCGGCUCGUCGAGGUUCAGCAGACCUGCCAUCUUCCGGUGAGUCCGGCGGCGUUAAGAGGGAAGACAGCUUUGACGACUUCCAGCAGGCCGUGGCGCCACCUCCAUUUGAGGCAGGCGCUCGCACCGGUGGAGGAAGGAAGCGACUUUGCUGAUUUUGAGCAAGCGUGUGAUGCAGGGGUACAAGAUGACUGCGAGUGGGGCGAUUCUGGUGGGGACGGUUUUGCGGACUUUGCAGCUUUUGGGGACGCGUCUAAGACGGCCGUCGAGGACAAUGAUUGGGCCGACGAUGGCUGGAAGUCGUUUGCUGGUGCAGAGCAUAGUGAGCGUCGGUUGCGUCGUCCAUGGCGAUGCCGCAGCAAGGGAUGGUCCCUACUCAGUUGGCAUCAGGAGAUGGCUCAUUCGAGAACUUGAUCCAAAGAGCAUAUGCCCUCGAGGCUGGCCUGUCACAUCCUGUUUCUGCGAAGGAGGAUGAAGACUUUGUGGCCCUUACCUGUUGCGAGGCACAUGUUAGACUGUGGGAGCAGCUCCAGGAUCUGGAUCGUGCCCCGUCACUUAAGUUCAGCUGGAAUGGCUCACAGUCGUGUCAGCAUUUGCUGCAGAGUCUCUCCAUUGACUCUAGAAACAUUCUGCGUAACCCUUCAGUUCCACUGUUUGCCUCCCACCUGGGUCUGCUGGAGCCCCAGCGCGGCAGCACGGGCAGCCCCUCCGCGGAGGAACCGGCAUCCUCCGCGCCCGCCCCUUCUCUUACCUGCUGCGAGCAGGCUGGUGCAGACUGUGCCAUCCCUCCAGCUCAGUUUGACUGGAAUUCGAGUGGGCUGGUGAACCCGCUAGAGCAGCCUGCUGCGUCAACCUUGCUCGACCUCGAGUUCCUUUCAAGCCUCUCCUCGGCCACUGUUGGUAGCAGUCCUCCAAGAAACAGUUUGGAGAAGGAAUUCCUGGAGUUGAACGACUCUAUGGCAGAGCCUUCGCAGUCCUCCGCGCCGUCAAAGCUGCAGGAGCUGCUGCGGAACAACGUCUCUACCCUGUCCUCGACGCGUCGUCGACCCUCGCUGCUCAGCAGCGAAGCCCAGGCCAUCUUGGACAGGCUUCCGGACCUGUCAUUUAUGCAGGCUCGUGUGCUGAUGUUUCCAGUGCACUUGGACUGACCCUUCAUUAGGAAUUCGUGACGACUGGCUGAAAGCGACUGUACAUCUUUCUAUGACCUUCAGAAUGGCUCGACGCAGCUCCCACAUUUUGCGCAUCUAACGUGUGCUGAUGUAUUAUUUUUGAUGUUAGCGCUCAGGUCAAUGACGGGGGCCCUUUGUUGCGCUGAUAAGAGGUUGUGCGUUGUCAGUGAUCCC